GGAUAUGCAUUGCAGAAGUACUUGAGCUAUGUUUGCAAGGAACACGCAAUGUGGAGAUUUACAGAUGAAUUUUGUAGCAUGUGCCAUUCGUGACAAUUCAUAACAACGUGGCUUCAUGCUUUUCAGGAAGCCCCAAGUGUUGAAAUUCUACUCCUCCAUCAGAUUUCAGAUUCCUCCUCAAUCCGUCUACUCGACUAAGAAAAUCGACAAUGACUUCGUUUAACCUUCCCCCCAAUAUCUCUCUCGAAGGGAAAGCCGCCAUAGUGACUGGCGGUUCCCGUGGAAUCGGAGCUGGCAUUGCUCUGGAACUUGCCAAGCGCGGUGCCAAAGUUGCCAUUGUGUAUCACUCCGAUAAAAGUACUCCGGCAGCUCAAAAGGUCGCAAGUCAAAUUAGUGAAAUAGGGAGUAUGGCCUGCCUGGUGCAAGUUGACCUUGCGACGCUGGACGCUGGACGUCGUGUUAUCGACCAGGCUUUGAAAGGGCUCAAUGUCAGCAAAAUUGACAUUCUUGUCAACAAUGCAGCAUCAUAUCCUCCAUUUUUACCAGUCUUAGAACUGGACGGGGCAUUAUUUGAUCAUGAAUACAUGGUCAACGUGCGUGCACCACAUCUUCUUGUGCAGGCUUUGCUCCCUCAUAUCGCCGAAAAAGAUGGUAGAGUAAUCAAUAUAUCGUCGGGACUAUCUCGUAUAGGUAUCAACAAUCUCUCCCUAUACGCAUCCACCAAGGCUGCCCUAGAAUGCUUGGGACGCCAGUGGGCGCAUGAACUCGCCUGCCCCUACAAGAUGACAGUCAACAACUUGGCCCUGGGUGAGAUUGACACUAGUGUCGAAGGAGGAGACAUUCCAGAUGAAUUUCGGGAUACACAGGUCAAUGGACCAAGCGCGGCAAAACGUCAUGGUACCGUUGGAGAGGUGGCUAAUGUUGUGGCCUUCCUAGCUAGCACUGGUGCCAGUUGGAUCAAUGGAAACACGGUUUCAGUCAGUGGUGGCCACGUUUACAUUUAGACGAAUCAUAUCGUAAGGAAUAGUUCUAGACAGCGAAAUGGUCGAGCUAAGCCCAAUUGGG